GCUGCAUUCCACUCACACAACAGACACAGAGGCACACUCACAGUUUGGCUUUAGUGUCCAGGAGUGUGAAGAUCAGCGAAGAUCAAACUACCUACUGUAGGUUGACCCCUGAGCCUCUGUGUCUCGCUGUCAAGGAUACAGGUUGCACACUAAGGGACGACUUCCCAGUCCUCCUGAGGUCUGCCAACCUCGCCCAAGCCACAAUGUCACAGUUCUGUACAAUGCCAACUGGAGAGCGGAAGAAGUGUGCAGCAGCUAUUUGCCGAGAGGUCCAUGGUACCAGCGGCGCCGUUAUGGAUCUAGGAAAGAAGCUGUGCACUCCCAAAGACAUCAUGCUGGAGGAGUUAUCGCUGCUUUCCAACAGAGGUUCCCGGCUAUUCAAAAUGCGACAGAAGAGAUCUGAGAAAUACACGUUUGAAAGUAUUCAGAAUGAAGCAAACGUUCUGCUGAAUAACAACAUUUUAAAUGACAAUACACAAAUUGUGGAAAUUAAAGUGGAGGGGCCAGCGGACGGAGAGACCACCAACGCAGAAAAUGUUGUUUCAGAGACGGCAGCAGAUCAGCAGCAGACCUCAACUUUGCACAAAUCCUAUCACUCUCCAUGGGAUGAGGCCAUGCUCAAUGACCCUGAACUGGCUGAGACUGUCAAACUGAAAAUGCCCGAGCUCGACCCACGGCCAGAUCUCCCUGAGUACAAGUGCUUCAACCGGGUUGCCACUCCUUAUGGAGGCUUUGACAAAGCUCCCAGGGGAAUUACAUUCAAACUCCCCGAGAUCGACCUGAACCCCCCGAGGUACCCCGAACUCCAGGAGCAGGGGGUGAAGCGGCCCACCUUCAACAGGACGGCUCAGGGAUGGAUAUCGGAGGGCACCCAUCUGAUUCUCCCCACCAUCACACUGGAGCCCACCAAAAUCCCUGAAUCUGAUGAUCUGUAGAUCACGUUAACGUCGAUGAUUGUUGUAUUUUGACUCCAUUACAUCAGAUCAGUCAGUUAGUAACUUAGUUGCAAUAUCUCAUCAAUAUCUUAACAUUUUCCAAUGUAGUGGACAUAAAAUGUUUCACGUUUGGUGUUGAGUUAAUUUGUUUUGCCACACAUUGGAAAAGAAAAGUGCAAAGACUACAAGAAACAUCAUGUAAAUAGCAAAUUGAAUGUGUGAUCCAGAACGUUAUUUUAGAAGGAUUUGCAUACUUGUGUUGUGUUAUUAUCAAAGGAAUGGACAAAUAUGUAAUGUAAAUAAAGAGUGCAACUUGA